UAUUAUUAUUAUUUUUUUUUUUAUUGAAUAACCGAUGUGGCGCUCUCAUCGCAAAAUCAUUAAAUUAUUUAAUAAUGUCGAGCGAAGACAAUGUCACGGAGGAUAAGAAAAAUACAAAAGGAAUUCCUACCAUGCCUUUUGUAGAUGAUGUUGACAAGUAUAUGAAAAGAGAAGAAAGUCGUGGUAGUGCUGAAUUUGUUUUAAGAAGACUUGAUGAACAACAUAGCAAAUAUAAAUUUUUAGAAUGUAAUCUUUUACAAAAAAAGAAAAGAUUAAAGAAACAAAUCCCUGAUAUCAAAAUAUCACUUGAUAUAUUGAAGUUGAUGAAAAGUAAAAAGAAUUCAACAAGUCCAGUAGAAACACAGUUUUUGCUUUCAGAUCAAGUUUAUGUUAAAGCUAAAAUUCCUCCAACAGAAACUGUUUGUUUAUGGCUUGGGGCUAAUGUAAUGUUAGAGUAUUCAUUAGAUGAUGCAGAAGCAUUGCUUACUAAAAAUCUUCAAACUGCAACUAAAAAUCUUGAUCUUCUAGAGAGUGAUUUGGAUUUCUUGAGAGAUCAGUUAACUACAACUGAAGUCAAUAUGGCUAGAGUCUACAAUUGGGAUGUGAAGAGAAGACAAGCGGAGAGAGAAAAGGCUGUCUCAUCCAGUUCAGUUUAAAAUAAAAUU